UUCGCUAUUUGUGGAUUCUGGAUCUCGUCGAUGUACCAUAAACAAAAAUGUCAGCGAUCCCGAUUUUUUGUUUCUCACUGCAUACCCAUCGUUAUACCUUAAUUAGAUCACACGAAUGAUAUAAAAUAAUGUUAUAUGCUUUCUCCUGCGGCGUGUUUUUGCUUGAAUAGCACUCCCCAAGCAAUAAAUCGGCCAUAGUAAACGUGCGUUUCGUGUGCUCGCGCCCGUCUACACCCGACCUAUCUCAUUGUUUAUGUAUGGAGAAUAAGCCAGGAAUUUUUAUGGGGUUUCACGGCGUAUUCUCGUUUUAAUUGAAUAUCUGGAUACGAUCAGGUAUUGUGACGAUUGAUCAUCGCGGCGGAACCACUACGUGCAACCUGACUAGCGUCCCAUCGAGGAUCAAGUCAAGUUGGCGAAGGCACGCAGGGGUAUGAUCAAGGAGAAGGAGAAGGGCGGAGGCGCCCGCCUCAAGGACGAACCCAACGAUCCUGCUGAGCCUGGCCAUGGAUCUCGUCCACCUUCAGCCUCGCUACCGACCCCGGCUGCGCUGAAGAAGGAACCAGACGAGCACAGGGUCAAAAUGGAGCCUCACAGCCAGUCUGGUGGUGAGGACUCCACUGCUGAAUUGGCAGUCGACGGGAUCAAGACUGAAAUUGAUGGCCUCAUGGACAGCGAUGUUCCUCAUUCAGGCGACCCCACAAAAUCACCUUCUUGCGACUUAGGAGGCCCUGGAUCAUUGAAGUCAGAACGCCUUUCAUCAGACUCCAAUGACAUAUUGGAUCCUCAGACUGGUCUACGUGGAUCAGCUGGCAAUAUACAGGAUGGAAACCAAAAUUGCCGAAACCCAAACGUAGGACCAGAGAGCAUGGGGUCGUGUCGCAUGGGGGGCGGUGGGGGUCCAAUGGGACCAGGCGUAUCUAUGGGGCCAAUGUCCGCCAGUGAAGCGCAGACUCUUCCAUCUAAUGUCAUCAGCAAACAGGCAGGCAGCAUGGAGCAGCAAAGCCAGAUCUUCGUUUUCUCAACGUUACUGGCCAACAAAGGCGCCGAGGCGGUGAUUUCUGGACAGCAUCACUCUAUAAUAGCGUAUCAUUGCGCUCAACCAGGCACUAAGAAAUAUCUGGAGAAACAUCCCCUUAAAAUGGGUCAGUUUAACAAACAGAGCCCUGCGCAAUGGCUUAAUAAUAUGGCCAUGGCGAAAAGGGCAGGCAUGCGUGGUGGUCCCAAUAUGAUGGGAGGGCCUAAUCAAAUGGGACACAUGAUGGGCGGGCCCAUGGGCCCCAACAUGGGACCAAUGGGUCACGGCGGAAUGGGCCAUAUGGGGCCUAAUAUGAUGGGUCCUAAUAGGAUGGGCGGUCCCGGAAACCAAAUGAUGAUGAUGAAGGGAGGCCCCGGUCCCAUGGGCCAAAUGGGUCCGGGGAUGGGCCCCAUGGAUGGGUUUCCAGGGGGCACCCCGUCCUGUGGUGUCAUGGACGGCAUCGGUGCUGAUGGUGAAAUGCCCUGGGACACCAAAAACCCCUCAGUAAUGUCGAACGGCAUGGCCAAUGGUGGCGGUGUCGGCGGCGUGGGCGGCGUGAGCGGCGUGGGCGGCGGCGGCGGCGGCGGGCCGGGCGGCGCCGGGCUGCCCGCCUGCUCGGAGGCGGCCGACGCGCCGCCGCAGGACGCGCCGCCCGCCGAUGCGCCCUGCCAGCAGGGGCCCAAAGGUGUUAAGAUACCAGAUGAAAACUUAACGCCUCAACAGCGUGCACACCGGGAGGAACAGCUUGCGACUAUUCGUAAGAUGCAACAGAUGUUGUUCCCCGAGAGUGGUGGCAGCAGUGCCAAUCAAGGCCCAGGCGAUGGCACGCAACCUUCCAACGAAGUUAACCCCCCAAACUCAGCUGGCAACAUGAACAUGCCUUUUCCGCCUAUGUCUGGUAUGGGUCCAAAUGGACCCAUGGGCUCCGGACCUAACGGACCAAUGGUGUCAAUGCCGAAUAGCAUGAACUCUGGCCCGAGCUGUAGCAUGGCCGGCCCGAUGGGACCUAGUGGACCCAUGGGACCUGGGCCAAUGGGCCCCGGUGGUCCUAUGGGACCCAACGGUCCUAUGGGCGGCCCAAUGGGAGGAAUGGGUGGUCCAGGUGGCAUGGGUAUGGGUGGACACGGAUCUAUGGGGCCUAAUGGAAUGAUGGGACCAAACGGUCCAAUGAUGCCAGGAAUGGGACCGAAUGGGCCUAUGGGUCCUUUAGGGCCUUGUGGAAUGAAAGGAAUUAGAGGAGCUUGUGGAGGCCCAGAUAUGAAAGGUGGAAUGUGUACAGAUAUGCACAUGGGAAGAGGUUGUGGAGGCCCUAUGGGGCGAAUGCCUAAUCCAAUGGGUGGUAUGGGAGGGCCUAAACCAUGCAUGAUGGGUGGACCACAUAUGGGACCCAGAAUGAUGCCAGGGCCUAAUAUUAACGCGAUGAAUGGUGGUAUAAUGAUGGACGGUAUGAUGGGCGGCAUGGUGCAUGGGGAGUGUGGUGACCACCACUCGUUACCCAACGGUCCCAUGUGCGACGAAUACGGCCGCGGUCGGAACAUGGGCCCGGGCGACCCGGGCGGGCUGGGCCCGGGCGGGCUGGGCGCGGGCGCGGCGGGCGCGGCGCGCGGCCUGCGCAGCCCCAAGAGCCCCGCGCCCGCCGCCGACAUCGACUGGCAGAAGCUGCACCACCAGUUCUUCGACGACCCCAAGUCCAUGGACGCUGAACUCGGUACACAAGUGAAAUCUCCGUGCUCAGAGCGGGGCGGUUGUUUACCGCCGCCGCCGUACGGUGCCUCACCUUUACACAGAUCCGCCUCAGUACCUAUUGCGACCGCGUCGCCCGGGCACGGCGGCGUGCAGUUGCCGAUGUCAGCGGAGGCGUCUCGAGCGCCCUCUGCUCUAUCGUCGCCUGCGCAUUGCAAGCCGCCGCCUAAGCAGGACCCGGCAGCGCCUGAAAUACUAGAGAAGUUGGACGAUGGAGUGUUUGUCCGAACGCUACAAUGUUUGGCGGCGCAACAGCAGAAGAACCAACAGGGCGGGUCGCACGCAAAGGAACCCAGUUUGAUGCCCGUGCCGUCCCCGCAGCAAAUAUCCUACCUCAACCAGUUUGAAGGUCAAGAGUUAACGAUACAGAAACAACCGAACACAUCGUUGAAAGACAACGGACCUCCGUCGAAUAGUGGGGGUCAAACGCCACAAUCGAGUUCUAACCAAAAAUCACCUGCUGGCAUGAUGCCAGGCACGCCGGAGCCUCACUCGUCGCUGGCGGAGCAGCGAGCGGGCCGCUUCUCUCUUGAACAGAGUCCUGGGUUCAAUAAUCCCCAGACACCCACCUCCACGGCGGCUACUAAAUGCGCACAAGACGAAAAGUCACGGCCAAGUCCGUCAUCAAAUAGAUCAAGUCAAGACAGUGCAUCGAAAACGCCACAACGGGACUCAAACCUCAACCAGGGGCCAUACGCGCCCGCCUCGUCUGCCUCUUCGUGCGCGGGUAGCGUCAAGAGUAGUUGCAGUGUAGCUUCCAGUACUGCCCCCACCACCGCCAGCGGCAGUAUAGAGGAUAAUAUGACACCUAGUAGUGAGACGACGUUAUCGGGCGGGCCAAACAGCACAAGCUUACCGGGCCCAUUUCCGAGCGCGUGCAGCAUGACUCGUCCCGACAACAUCCCCAUCAACCCCAAUCAGGGCCCCGGCGGGCCCAUGGGGGGCGCAGCCGCGUCCUUCGAUCCUAUCUCCUCGUUGGCGCAGAUGUCGCAACAGCUCACGAGUGGAGCACCGGGGCCGGGCCCCGGGCCGGGCGCUUCUGGCCCCGGACCCGGCCCCAUGGGGCCUUUUGCGCCCCAGCCGCACCACCUGCCACAUCAUCCUAUGCAUCCACACUCGCAUCCGCAUAUGAUGAUGAACGACUUGGGCUGUCAUAUGGACAACAUGGGUGGACCGGGAAUGGGCGGGCCCAUGGAGGGCAUGAUGGGCGGCGGCGAAUUCCCGCCGGACAUAAACCUGAGCCCGAAGAUGGGCGGCGGCGGCAUGGGUGGCAUGGGCGCGAUGGGCGGCGAUGGCAUGAUCGGUGCGCGUGGGCCCGGCGGCGGCAAGAUGCCACCCUUCAACGGAGCCAACGUGCAGGUGAAGGCCAGCGCGCCCAACACGAUCCAAUACUUGCCGACGCGGCCGCAGAUGGCGUGCAACUCGGGCCCGCGCGGCCCGCCCAGCCUGGAGUUCCUGCAGCGCGUGACGAGCCCCAUGCAGCUGGACGGCGGCAAGGGCGUGCAGUACUUCCCGGGCGCGCGCGGGCUGGAGCCCGAGGGCGGCAUGCGCGGCGUGCUGCGCGGGCCCGGCAUGCUGCGCAUGGCGCCCUACCCGGCCGGCUUCGGCUCGCCGCCCAAGAUGGACCCGUUCGGGCCCGCGGCCGCCGUCUGCGGCCCGGGGCCCGGCUUCCGCGGCGGCAAGGGCGCGCUGGGGCCCGGCGUGCGCAUGGGCGCCGCGCAGCCGCUGCCGCCCUCGAUGGCCGGCCCCGGGCCCGGCUUCAAGGGCCAGGGCUUCGCGAUGCAGUCCACGGCCGACCCCACGUACGCGGCGCAGUUCCACAACUUCCAGCAGCAGCUGUACGCGACCGGCAGCCGCGGCGCGCAGCCGCACCAGGCCUACCCGCCCUACCAGCCGCCCAAGUGAUGGCAGCCGCGCGGCUGCGACCGUCCGCGCCGCGAGCUCGUCUCGUAGCCUGCGCGCCCAGCACCGUCUGCACCGUCUGCUGCCUCCCCGCGGAUGUACUUAAUUCGUUGUACCGUUGUACGUCAGUGAAACGAGAGAUCAAAUAUU